AUUUGAACCAGCCCUCCCGUUUACAACUCUGCACCUGAAUAUGUUCCUUUCAUAUUUUCCGUCAUAUGUUGACUAGGGCCACUAGCGCUAUUUUUGCUUUCAAUCCUGCAAAACUGUACAGGUUAACCGGGAGUGUAAAACGCCAAGCCGUACCGUUCGUACCCGAGCUCCGCUACAAGAUGCCACUUACGGAUUUACCUCCAUCUGCGUCGAUCCCUAUGCAACUGUGCAGACUGCUACGAUUCGUCGCUCGAUACCCCAUCCAGAUGCCUUCAAAUCUUGCCACAGAGCCGCGAAUACACGUGCAUUUCUAUACAAUACUCGUGGACACUCGGUCAGAAAGCACCGAUGAUCCAAUCAUCCCAUUCACCUCAUACAACAACUCUGAUGCGCCUCGCAUUGAAAGGGUAGCUAGCCUAUCAGCGAGUCAGAGUCGGAUAAGUCAGGCGGUGGCUAAGGCCAAGAACCACGGAGCGACAUCCACUUUGGUUCGCCAGGUUCAUUCAUUCCAUUCAUCAUCAGAAAAGAAAAGAAAAUCUUUCAAGUCCAUAUCACAAGCGCGACUCGGUUCCCCCGCCUUCGAGGGGCCGAAUGACCGACCAUCAUCCGGUAAAGCAGGCGGGGUAUGGUACGCAUUCUUGUUUGAACACCGUCAAAACUUAGAAACAACCACGGCGUGGCACGUCGAAACGACAGUCCGACCUGUACCAGUGUAUGAAAGUCCUGCUGUGCGGGAACAUACGAAUGUGCCGGUGUGA